AUGAUUUACCCAGAGACAGACAUACUUGUGAUGUGGCGAGUGUUCAACAAGAUAUCGCUUGUCCUUUUUGCUGCGAAUAUUUUAUACUUUAUUGAUAGGACAUGGGGAACCCUUAACUACAUGGAAUAUGUAUCUAUUCUGUAUGCUGCCUUAGUUUUAGUGUGGGAGAGAAUAUUCAGCACACAAAGAAAAACAGCCAGAAUAUUUCAAAUAUACCUUCUUCAUAUCCUGUUUAUCUCCCCAUUACUACACCAUCUACUAUACAGGGCAGUAUAUAUGGUCUAUUUCGGGAUUAUUCUGAGUGCAUGCUCUUUUCUUUUUUCAUCGCACAAAACACUCAGACAAGGUGCAGGUAUUUCUGCAGGUCUGAUGCUCUCCUCUAGAAUAGAAAGGAUAGAGUGUGCUAGCGGGUUUAAUAUUGCCUUUAUACUUUUGCAGCUUGGCAUAAAUGAGCUACCCCUAGUGAGUGCAAAUGUAUAUGCACUGCGGGCUAUUUCUCUUGCUCUGAAUAUUCUUUCAAGUAACAUAUCCGUGUUUGUCACCCCAAGGGAAAUGGCCCUUUGGGAGCUAUUUUGCACACUCAUUGCGCCUGCCGUGGUGACUGUACUAUACCAGGAAAAGUGCAAAAUACGUGCACAAAGGGCAAAGAGACAAAUUCCCAGACAAAAAAAGCUUCUAAUAUUCCAGGAUACUAAUUAA